GAGCACCAUUUCAAGGUCAUUGUGUGCACAAUGAGGAACUUUGACUCUCUAAUAGUUUUACUUGUCUGCAGCCUCAGUUGGAUCCCUGUAUCACAACCUUUGGAGGUUCAGUCUGAAAAAGAAGUCACGCUGCUGUGCUCCAACUUUUCCAGUUCUCCCACACAGAUAUUCUGGUUCAGAGUGACCAACAGAGCCAAACUCACCUGUAUCGCUGUGAUGUUCAAACCUCAUGAACCUGCUUCAUUCUGCGAUGGAUUUCAAAAUGGAAAAUUUGAAAUGAGCACCAACAUAUCCACUGUGUUUCUCAAAAUUAAACAAGUGGAUUUAUUGGACUCUGGACUUUAUUUCUGUGGAUAUAAAAUACAGAAGAGUACGGUUAUUGUCGAAGCAACAGAUUUAGUGGUCCAAGACACUUUUAUCGGAUUACCAAAUGUGAUGAGUGUGAUCCUCGGUGUUCUGACUGUUUUCCUGAUCACAGUCAUCGUUUGUCUGGCUGUUAAAAUCAAAAAGCUUCAGAAAGCUCACACUGGAGAAGAGAAUCUGAAACAACAGAGGCAGAUUUCAGAACUCCCGCACAAUGGAGCUGUGACAUUUCGGCCAGACACAGAAAGUCACCACAAGCCUGCAUCAGUGGACACAAAUGUUAUUUAUUCCUCUGCUCGAUAGACUCAGAAAGCAACUGAGCUUUCUGGCUGAUGGCUGUUCCUCUUUGUAGGUUUCUUCCUCCUCCUUUGGUAUUAACAAUUCUAGAUAAAUAUUAUGGUACAGAAAGAUGGGACAAUGCUAUGAUACUGUGAGCAUUUGUACAGUUAUUUUGGUGUUGUUCUAGAAUUCUUUUAUCUGUAAUCAAUCUUAAAUAUCAGUACAAAUAUGAAGGCCUUUCAUCUUAAAUCUUAAAUCUUCUCGUGUUUCAUAUAGCUUCACUGCAUCUUACUAUGUUAGUAAAGGCAGAGGAACUCAUGUACCUGUUUCCUAAUAAAUAAUAGGGGAU